UCAGAAUUUCAGCACUAGACAGACUGGACGUCAGAGUGGGGAGCUGUCCAUGGUGCUGAAUUGCCCAGCGCUCAGUUCCUGCUGUUUUGUGAUGGUCUCGUCUCUCGGUCUUUAGUUCAUUAAAAUACUUCGUCGUGACUAUAUCUGUCAAAUACUGCAGUUGCUUUGUCACAGUUUAUUAUUGCUCAUGCAUAGUUUUCAAAGAAAAUGUUCUGUACUCACUGUAUGAAACUUGAGUACCGUGGCAAGGGAAUUAAGAUGCAUUAGCCAGCACUCAAUUACGUGGAUAUUACCUGAUGACGCUAUAUUUCGGCGCACGAUGAGAGGAGGAGAUUGCAGACAGCGCUGCCACCCUCAUUGUCGCAGUAAAUGGAACCAGUAGUCUACAUUGGCACCGAUUUGUAAGCUUCGGGACGGCGAGAUUUAGAGUGAUAGCAUGAUCGUAUAAAUGGCUGUAAACACAAUGGCUGUGAGUUACCAGCGCCGAGGAUUGACCAGGAUACGGAAGAGCCCGGCCUCCUUCCCUGGGAACCUCCACCUGGUGCUGGUGCUGAGACCCACCAGCUUCUUCCAGCGCACCGUCACAGACCUGGGCUUCCGCUUCAGCCAGGAGGACUUCAUGCUCAAGAUGCCAGUGGUGAUGCUGAGCUCUGUGACAGACCUACUGAGAUACAUUGAUGAAAACCAACUGACCUCUGAGUUUGGUGGAACUCUGGAUUACUGCCACAGUGACUGGAUCGUCCUGAGAACAGCCAUAGAGAGCUUUGCGGUGACAGUUAAGGACAUAGCUCAGAUGCUGCAGGCGUUUGGCACAGAGCUGGCAGAGACAAAGCUGCCAGAUGAGGGCACCGGCAUCGUACACCUCCUCUCAACCCACACUGACAAGUACAGGAAACUCAAGGAGGCGAUAUGGUCUGUAUCAAAGGAGGGUUGUCACCUGCUGGCUAGCCUGGAGGCCUCUGGGAGAGAGGAGGAUUCACUAUGGGAUAUCAGGCUGGACUGGGAGACUGUGCAGAGGCUACUAGCCCAGCUGAGGGACAUGGAGUCAGCCUUUGACGGCUUCUUUGAGAAGCAUCAUCUGAAGCUCCAACAGUACCUCCAGCUGCUCAGAUACGAACACAGCUUCCAGGAGAUGGAGUUGUCUCUGGAGCGUCUGGCGACCCAGGAGAGGGAGGUGUCGUUGUCAGGGGAGACGCUGACUCAGACAGAACAGACACUCAGGGACCUGGACAGCCUGGAGGCUCACGCACAGGAGGAGAUGGCUCGUGCCCAGACCAUCAUCCUCCACGGUCACCAGCUGGCAGCCUGUCACCACUACGCCAUGGCCCUGAUCGUGCAGCGCUGCAACGAGCUACGUCACCGCUGUGACACGCUCAGUAAGGCUCUGAGGGCCAAACACACACACCUCUCCCAGGCCUAUCAGCUGCUGCUACGCUUGGAUCAGGCCCAGAGUUGGUGUGACGACGGGGCCUACUUGUUGGCCCAGCAGCUGGUGGAAAAGUUCCAGUCUAAGCAAGGGGCCCAGGCAGCUCUGAAGGACAUAGACAGAUUCCUGGAGGGGGCUCCGUCUCUCCUCAGCUCAGGACCUGACCUCCUGGCCGUGGAGUUUGAGUCUGUCCUCACCCCAGAGAGACAGGUCCAGAUAGGGAAGACAUUUGAGAAGCACACAGCGGUGCAGGAGAUGAUCCACAACAGACAGGUCUGUCUGAGGAAGCUGGCUGAUAAACACGUCCGUCCCAUUCAACUGGUGGCCCCCCGGCCGGAGAACCCACCCCGCUCCAAGUCCCCACUAUUCUCCCCCAAACAUGGGGUCGACGGUUUGAAGUUCUCCUUCGAUCUAUCACUUCCUGGGAAGAGGACGUCACGGAAAAGCCCCGGCUCCAGAAAGAUUGAGGUGAUGCAUGACUACGAGGAGAAUAGGAGUUCCCUGCUCGCCAGCCUGGAGGGAGAGGAUAGCCCAGACCUUCUCAAACGUCACGUGAUGAGGGAGCUAAUCGAGACAGAGAGAGUCUAUGUGGAGGAGCUGCUGUCAGUGCUGCUGGGAUACAGGGGAGAGAUGGAGAACCCAGGCCUUUCAGGGCUCCUGCCCCCCAUCCUGCAAAGUAAGAAAGACAUCCUGUUUGGAAACAUGCCUGAGAUCUACAACUUCCACAGCAGGGUGUUCCUGCAGGACCUGGAGGGCUGCCUGGAGACCCCAGAGGGAGUAGGGGCCUGCUUUCUGGAGCGGAAGGAGAAUUUCCAGGUGUAUGAGUGUUACUGUCAGAAUAAGUCUCGCUCAGAGUCCUUAUGGAGGCAGUUCUCAGACUGUGCCUUUUUCCAGGAGUGCCAGAAGAAGCUGGAGCACAAACUGGGCCUGGAUUCUUACCUGCUGAAACCGGUACAACGCCUUACCAAGUACCAGCUACUACUGAAGGAGCUACUGAAGUACAGUCCAGGAGGCUGUGAGGGGACCUCGGAGCUACAGGGGGCGCUAGCAGCCAUGCUGGACCUCCUCAAGUCAGUCAAUGACUCCAUGCAUCAGAUCGCCAUCACAGGUUACCAGGGAGAGUUGUCUGACCUGGGCCGGGUGCUGAUGCAGGGCUCCUUUAGUGUGUGGAUCAGCCAUAAGAAAGGCCCCACCCGUAUGAAGGAGCUGGCCCGCUUCAAGCCCAUGCAGAGACACCUGUUUCUGUAUGAGAGAGCCCUGCUCUUCUGCAAGCGCAGGGAGGAGCAUGGAGAGGGUGCAGACAAGACCCCCUCCUACAGCUUCAAGCACUGUCUCAAGAUGAGUGCGGUGGGGAUUACAGAGAACGUCAAGGGAGAUGUGAAAAAGUUUGAGAUCUGGUACAGUGGCAGGGAGGAGGUGUACUUAGUUCAGGCCCCCACAGCGGAGGUUAAGAUGGCUUGGCUCAAUGAUCUGCGAAGGAUCCUCACCAACCAGCAGAAACUCCUCAAAGAUGAGCAUUGUGUCAACAACCAGAUGCCAGACCACAUUCAACUGUCUCCGCCCUUGUCUGAGAGCAAACAGCAGAGGGCGUCGAUCAGCUCAGAAGACACCGAGUCAGGGAGGAGCAGUCCAGACCCCCAGUUCCACUCCCCUCAACACCGGCGAAACCGACGCAGUUGGCCCGGCGCGCCUCACUCAGUAGACAUCUGUGAGGGUCUGGAGGAGUGGGGUGGAGGUGAGGACCCCUCUCAGCCGUCAGACACCGAGGAGGAGGACGCUGCUCAGCUGGCUCCAGGCAGAUAUAAGGCCUUGGCUGAAUGUUCACGAUACGGCCCAGAUGACCUCACCAUCAAGCGCGGCGAUGUCAUCCAGCUGCAGCACGAGGACAGCGAAGGCCACUGGCUGGUGAAGAACCUGAGUCGCAGACAGGAGGGUAUCAUCCCAGUCCCCAACCUGCACAUGAUUCUGGGAAACGGCAGUAGAGGACAGUCCACCAGACUAGGAGAUCCAUGGAAUCUGAAGGCCAGAAAGCUCAGCUCCCCUUAGAGGAAAAAUGCUGUCUUCAAGUGCUCGUGGGAACUGGGAAAGUGGUUAGUCGGAACCUCGUAUUUCCCACUUCGGAGGAGCAUUGGAAGGCAGCAACACCUUUUUGUUGGACCUUUACAAAGAUUGACAGACUGAAAAGACAUACUGUUUUCCAUUAGACAUUGUGAGGUCAUGACUGAUGGAAUAUCUUAAACUCUGCUUCCUCAAAGUAGCCAAUUGAAGAAGGACAUAGGAGUUUUAGGUCUGGAUUUUUGAUUGAAAUUUUUCUGGGCCAGUAACAUGAGGACCUGUUUUUUGCCCACCAUGAUGGACAGUGGACACACUUUAUGAAUGUUACCCUCCAAACACUUUAGACAGCACAGGGUUCUACCAGCACAAAGGCACACGGUUUGGUGAAGGACAAGGGACAUGUAAAAUUCAAUCCCCCACUUCCUCUUAGACCCAGCCAAUGGGCUUUUCUGUUGGGCUGCUGUAGCUGGAUUACAUCCAUGGACUCUAGUUCUCUGAGGGAUUCUUAACCGUCAUUGCUAAUCAGUGAGAAUGCAGUUGGUGUUUGUAUGUUUAUGUGUGUUCUUAUGCGUCAUAAUAAUCAGGGUUUUUGCCUGAAACAUUUCUUAAAAAGAGACUUUUGUACAUAGCUAUGUAAUUCAUUUUUGAUGUGUAUACUUGAAUGUUGGUCUAUUGUUUGUUGACGUUAAUUUAUUCUACAUGCUCAUGUUGUUUAGGUAUCCAUCCUGUCUUGUUCCUUAAGGCAGCCUUCUCUUAGCUCUCCAAGAGUUGAAAUGCCAAAACGUGCCGUGCCAUAAUGCCUUUUUAUUCCUGCAAUGUUGGAAUCGAGCUUCUCUUUGAUAAAUGUACUGUUUGCUCCGCAAUAUCAAACGCAGUCUUGCUUCUACCUCACAUCAGACCUAUACUCAACUGGCACGUUAUUCAUGCUUAUAAGCGAAAUGCAAGCUGAAAGCUUUACUAUAUUUUCAAAGGCUCUAGAGAAAUUGAGCUCUCCAUGAACGCAAUACCUCCUUCAUAUUUUCCUGAUUCAUACCUAUUCUUUUUCAGUUUUAUUUCCAAAGCUCAGUGUGGGUCAAUGGCGAGGAGACACACGGCCCCAAUAUAAAUAAAGUUGUUAAGAUGUCACGGAUGGUGAAUUCCGACAUCUUGUGAGGAGAUGGUGAUUGAUAGAAGGGUACUCCUCAGGUCUAUAAGAGCUACUGCCAGCGUGGCGCCAGCAAAGACUGAUGUCAUUCUCCCCAGGAUUUCACUAUCUGUCUCCCCGGUGUGAGCAGCCCUCUGCCUGUGACAGCACAAAAUGGAGCGAGAGAGAGCUGGAUCAAGAGAGAGGGAGAAAUGUGCCACUCUCUCUUCCUCUACUCGUCUCUUCCACGGCCUUGCAAUUAAUCUUACGCUUCCCAUUAAACAGGAUCAUACAGCAAACAUGAAAUAUACCCGCUAUGUCGAACGCUUAAUUAAAUAUUGAUUGCGGACUUAUAUGAAUUUACUACAUCAAAUCAAGGCCCCAGUCGGAGGCCUGCCUUUGAUAUUCUGCGUUUGAUGUGGAAAUGAGCCAGGAUAACAGCGGGAGCACAGCUCCACACUACUAAUGUCUUCUUAUUAAUUAAUUAAUUUUGCUAUCAAGUUGUUCCUUCGCGGCGGUAAGCAGCUGUGCAGCCCAGUAAAAUGAUGUCUAUCUACCCUUAACGGAGACCUGCUUGACUGCUGCGCAUCACAUCAAUGGGUUUCUCUCCUCAUAUGGCAGAAUUAGCUGGGUUUUCUUUUUUUGUGCUCCAAAAUGCUGCACAUUUUGCACUGAACUGUGAUGUUCAAAAAUAGAGACAGAAAUAUGCUUGAAAAUGCUGUGCGUCUUUGACAAGCGCUGUAAGCUUGUUGCUAAGUGUUUCUCAUAAGAGAACAUAGCAUGGCUAACUGAAUAUUGACUGAACGUGGCAGGUUUCAGGUUUUUAUUAUUGUUCUACAGUCAUCGUUGUUGAUUGGCUGCUUUUUUAUACAGCUUCAGUAUUGUAUAUAGACCAAAUAAAGUAUUUAUUGAAAUAAUACAGA